AUGAUUAUCGUCCUGCUGCUGCUGUUCCAAUCGCUGUGCCUCUACUGCCAACGCCUGGUGCUCUACGUCCACGACCGAUGCUUCCCGAGGAACGUGCGCCUGCUGCAGGAGGUGGCCGAAACGGUGGGCGAUCGUAAGGCGCCACAGCGCCUGGCGGAGCAGCAGUUGGAGCAACAGAAGCGCAGCCAGAAGCGGCGCAUCCUCGAACCAAUCCUUCCGCUCGUGGGUGGCCUCAAUUCCGAGGCCUGUCGCUUUUGUGCCCACAGUCCGCAGGGCUACUGUCGCCAUCACUUCCAUCUGCAGGAGCUGCAGCUGCACAGGCAGAGGGGUUCCGGUGGUGAGCAGGAUUUCCGGCAGAUUCGCCGGAUCAAGCGGGAGCUAAAGCGCACUAUUGGCCAGCAGCAGCAGCAACUGCAGCCGACGAGAAGCUAUCGUCCAGUCCGACUGAAUUCCAGCUGGAGCAGCAGUUCCCUGAGCAGUGGUUACGCUUCACUGACCAGCGUUGGAUCGCAGGAGGAGGCGUACUUCGAACAGGAGAUUAUUGAGGACGUUCCACUGGAGGAGGAAGUGGAGCUGCAGGACCUGACGCAGGAGGAUAUCCAACAGCCCCUACUAACCACUUACUUGUAGAUAA